AUGACUUCAGUGGUGGAUCGCAUUGAGCGACUCGAAGCAGAGAUUACGCGCCAAGUCGAGCCAAAGCUGCUCUCGAUUGAGCGGCAACUCGCAGCCGCGCAGCGCCAGCACCAGCAACAGCAACAGCAACAGCAACACAAGCAGAAGCAGACAGAUCCAGCAGCAGCAGUAACACAUGAGGGCGAGUCCACAUCAGCACAGAGCGAGCAGCAGGAUCCACAGUCCGCACUCGUGGAGCAGCUCACACGCGAUCGCGACGCCGUCAAGGCCGAAAUCGCACAACUGCUGGCUGUGGGGUCGAUCGUUGAACGCAUUGAGCCCAUUGAGCCCAUUGAGCCCACUGGAGUGAUCAUUGAUCAGUACCUCAUUCGAAAAUGCUCUUACUGA